GUCUGGGAGCCAACGUUCUGGCUCUCCGAUUUACCUGCCGGAAGGUGGUCUUCAUUGGCGGUGUUCUGUCUGGCCUGGGCUUCAUCUUGUCGACGUUUGUUGAACACUUCGAUCUCUUGUACCUCACCUUUGCUGUGAUAACAGGCCUUGGCUACGCUCUGUCCUACAGUCCAUGUGUUGUGAUGGUAGGUCUUCAUUUCAAGAAACGUCGCAGCCUAGCCAACGGGAUAUCCGUGUCGGGGUCUGGUGUUGGAUCGUUCGUUGUCCCCAACCUCAUUCGUUGGCUGUUGAACCUCUACGGCCUCCCCGGCUGCUUGCUUAUUCUAGGAGGACUCACGCUCAACGUGUCUGUCUGCGCACUGCUCAUUCGGCCUCUUAGCAGUUACAAGAAAAGACAGCCAGAACUUAGAUACACGGAACUUGGUGUGACAAAAGAUGCAGGUUUCCAACAACUACUAAAUACUCAAAUCUGUGAGAGCUUGUCUGGGAAUAACGGACAAGCAUCGAGAAAAGAAUCAUUAAGCAAAAACUUUUCUGAAUUCUCCAGUAAUGAGCUAAUUCCAAUGGCAUCUUUACAAAACAUUCCACAAGAGGAACUGAAAGACUUAACUUCAAGUGUUUGUGAUUGCUGUAAGUGUUGUGAUCGGCAGAAAAGUUCCACAAACAGGAGUCACAAGAAAACACAAAAGCUAUUUGACUGGAGCCUCAUGUCCAAUCCACUGUUUAUAAUCUACGCCUUGUCCUGUGGAUUCGGAAAUUUCGCAUAUCCAAAUGUUUUCCUGAUGUUACCAGCUCACGCAGAAAAUAACGGCCAAGACAGGAACACUGCUGCCCUGCUAGUUUCCAUCAUCGGAAUCACAGAUCUCAUAGGCAGGCUGUUCUUUGGCUGGUUCUCGGAUCUGAAGCUCAUGCCAAGACUCCUGAAUCGUUGCUCCGUCAUGGCCACGUUCCCGGCUCUGGUCACGUAUGCAGCCUUGUAUGGGCUCUUUGCUGGAUCCUACAUGGCGCUGAUUUCAGUGAUGUUAGCUGAUGUUUUAGGAGUUGAGAAACUGAGCAGCGCCUAUGGGCUCGUUAUGUUGGUCAUGUCAGUCGGACUGUUGCCUGGACCUUUAAUAUGUGGUCAGCGGACUGCGAGAUAUUACUGGCACUGGAACUACUCCUUUGUUCUGUGUGGUGUGCUGGCUCUGAUCGGAUCCAUUCCGCCUCUGUUUGAACCAUGCGCUAAACAAUAUGUGGAUGCCAGAGAAGCCAAGAAGAUUAACGUUAAAGCAGUCACUAAAUCCUUAGUUUGA